CAGCAGCAAUCAGCAGUUGGCGGACCGGAAGCGCGAGCAGACCCACUGAUUUCAGCGGAUCCCCUCUCUCAACCAGCGGAGAGAGAUCCCCUGUUCCAUUAACUCCCCCCUCUCUCGGACCUCGGUCCCCCACUAGCCAGCGCGCGCCGCCAGGUGUCGGCCAUGCGGAUUCCACGUGGGCACCGCCGCCCGCCGCCGUGUCUCCACCUCCUCUUCCUCCUCGCCGCCCUCUGUUCCGCUGUCCUGAAAACCGCCGCCGCCGCCGCUCCCAGGACAGCAGGAGGCACCGGAGGAGGAGACAUCGCCAGCGUCACCGGCAUCAUGACUUGGGCCGCGUGGCCACCAAAAUGCACAUGGUUACCCUUGCCAAUGAGUGGGAAGAGUCACUCAUUCACGCUUGUUUCCAAAUACCACAAGAUUUGGAAGGACACCAAGGAUGUUAUUUCUGCAAAAGAUAUUUCAAGAAAAGAACCAGUAAGCGGUGUGAUUGCCUUGAAGGAGUCCAUGAAGUUCUUUGAUGCUGAUUUUUUCAAUGAUUCAAAACUGCGUGAGAUGGAAGACGGUGCAAAAGAAUUUAAUGUACCUGCAUUUAGAGAAAACCGAAGGUUGGUGGCUUUGAAGAAUGGUGGAUUGCAUGACCCUUCUGUUCUAGUCUUCAAAUCGUCAUGGGGUAGUGAAAGCAAAGUCAAGGAGAGUGAAACGUUCGACUAUCCUCAAGCCUCUAUGAUACACCGUCCUAGCAACGAUGAAGAUAUUGCCUUUAUGUCGAUAAUUGAGUUUGGUGAGCUUAUUAGGACAAAGAAAAUAACAUCACGUGAACUUACUGAUGUAUUUUUAAGGAGAUUAAAAAGGUAUGGUGCUGUUCUUGAAUCUGUUAUUACAUACACUGAAGAUUUAGCAUACAAGCAAGCAAAAGAGGCAGAUGACUUGCUGGAGCAAGGAAAAUACCUUGGUCCCCUGCAUGGCAUUCCAUAUGGCCUGAAAGAUAUAAUUGCAGUACCACAAUAUAAUACAACUUGGGGCUCAAAAACAUUCAAGAAUCAAGCUAUUGAUAUGGAAGCUUUUGUGUACAAAAGACUGAAGUCUGCUGGGGCGGUCCUUGUAGCGAAGCUUGUGACAGGUUCACUCGCCUAUGAUGAUAUAUGGUUUGGGGGAAGAACACGAAACCCGUGGAACAUUGAGGAAUUUUCUACUGGUUCAUCGGCAGGGCCAACAGCUAGCACCAGUGCAGGAAUGGUUCCCUUCGCAAUUGGUUCAGAAACGGCAGGAUCCAUAACAUAUCCUGCUGCUAGAUGUGGAGUAACUGCUUUGCGCCCAUCAUUUGGAACAGUUGCACGGACCGGCGUCAUGAGCCUUUCAGAGAGUCUGGACAAACUUGGUCCUUUCUGCAGAAGUGCAGCAGACUGUGCUAUUGUAUUAGAUGCAAUCCGCGGAGCGGAUGCUGAUGAUCCCUCGUCUCGUGAAAUUGCUUUAGAGGACCCAUUUCAUCUGGACAUCACAAAACUCACUGUUGGAUAUCUUGACAGCGCUGAGAUGGAGGUUGUCAACGUUCUUUCCACCAAGGGUGCUAAGCUUGUGCCUUUCAAGUUGAACUACACCGUCAAAUCGGUUCAGUCCAUUCUAAACAUUACGAUGGACGUCGACAUGCUUGCACAUUUUGACAGCUGGCAACGCGAAGGACACGACGACGACUAUGAAGCUCAAGACCAGUGGCCGGUGGAGCUUCGUCGUGCACGAUUGGUCCCAGCAGUCGACUAUGUACAGGCACAGAGAGCGCGAGGUAGGCUGAUCAGGGAGGUCCGGGAGAGCUUCACGGUUGAUGCGUUCAUCGGCAAUGCGACCGACUGGGAGCUCGUUUGCCUGGGAAACCUUGUGGGGUUGCCCAUCGUCGUGGUGCCUACGGGCUUCAAGAGCAUCGAAAACCCACCAAAAGGCAACACGAGGAGGCGAACCACAGUGACGACAGGCAUAUAUGCUCCGCCUGACCGUGACCACGUCGCUCUGGCGCUGGCGAUGGCGUACCAGUCCGUCACCGAUCACCACAAACAACGGCCACCGAUCGACGCAAACUAGAAAACACACAAGUAAUUAACCGGCUGGUGAAAUGGUACUGAGAAGAAAGCUCCGUGUGCUGUUUUCCUUGAGAAAAAUAAGAUGUUUCUACGGCAGAGGGCCAAUAGAUUGUGAGUUCCAUUGGGGGAUGCAUGGAUCCUCGCAUAGACCAAGCUUUUAGGCAUGGCCAAAAUGUUGGUAGGAUAUCUUUUAGCCAAAAUUCGUAUGUGCCCACGGCACCGCACUAUGAGCCGUGUUCUGGUCAUUUGCUUCGGUCGAUCGUUGGUUAAUCGGCUGGGCCUGUGAGCAUUUUAUUUGACAGAAUAAGUUGGCUGAAAGGCGACACAUGUUAGUCUCGUGCUUAGCCUAGUUAACAUGCCUAAUCUAAGGCCUAAUCUAAGGAAUGCCAGCUAUAUUGAUCUAA